AUGGCGGCGCGCGAGCACGACCCGAAGGACGACGUCGACCGCCUCUUCGCCUGCUUCAAGUGCGGCGUCUCCCCUCCCCAAUCGGCGUUCAGGGAGAGGCCGCGCCGGGCGGGCAAGAGGUCACGGGUCGCGUCCGCGGCGGAUUGCAGCGGCGGCGGCGGGUGCUCCUCUUCUACUCCCACGCCGGAUUCGGCGGCGGAGAAGUAUGGCGCGCCGUCGUCGGCCGCGAUCAAAUUUACUGGCCGCAGGCAGAUGUCCCCGGUCGUGUUCUAUGGCUCUCCGCAAGGUGUUCCAGUGAAGAGGCCCUUGAGCCUGUUGCGGUUGCUGAGGGAGAUCCGAAUUGAUCUCAAGAAGCAGACCGAUUUGGUCCCCAGUGCUGGUGUCUGGGCAACCUUCCCUAGGCAAGAGGAGGCAAUCAGGUUCUGUAAAGCACAUGAGUAUACCAAUGUCUUUAGCUAUCAAGAUCAUUUAAGUGGGCAGAGAAGAUUCCUUGUGUCUACAUAUGACGAGUUCUGGAAAAGGUACAAUAAUAUGGAUCCACAGAUUCGCCACCACUAUGAAGUUAUACAGGAUGGUUCACCUUGCCAUAUUUACUUUGAUCUUGAGUUUGACCCAAGAUUGAACAAGAUGAGAGAUCCAGAUGAAAUGGUGGAUAUAUUGGUUGCUGUCACAUUCAGUGCUUUGCAUGAUAAAUAUUCCAUCGAAGGACAGGAAGAAUGGAUAAUAGAAUUAGACUCGUCCACUGAAGAAAAGUUUUCACGGCAUUUGAUCAUUCGCAUACCGAAGACUGCAUUCAAGGACAACUCCCAUGUUGGUGCAUUUAUUUCUGAGAUCUGCUCACGGAUUGCAGCUCAGCGUGCGGCUAAUCCUAACUUUGAAAAACUUUACAUUACAAAAGAUAGAAGUUGUACAGGUCCUUCUGAUCAUCUCUUUAUGGAUACUGCUGUUUACUCACGGAAUCGCUGUUUUCGUUUAGCCUUCUCAUCGAAAUCUGGGAAGAAGUCAUUUCUUGUGGCUACUGGGCGUUUCAAAUAUAAGAACAUGAAUGAUAAGGAGCUCUUUAUGAAGUCACUUAUUUGCAGAUUAGAUGAUGACUGUGAUAAACUUUUGACAUGCAAACUUGAUUUAGAUUGCAAGAAAACAUUGCAAUUUGACUCAGAAGCCAGCAUGAUACGAAUUCAAGGAAGAAACAAGGAUUCCAUUGGUACCUAUCGAAGUGAUUUUCCUGUUUCAAAUACUUAUGGAAUAUCUCCUUUUCCAGCUCUGGAUGGCUUUAUUGAAUCUAUAGCUUCUUUUGGAAAUGUCUCAGGAAAAAUUAGAUGCUGGUACUGGUUUUCACAUUAUGGUUUGAUGAUUUAUAGCAUGUCAAGGAGUAGAUACUGUGAGCACAUUGGAAGAGAGCAUAAAAGCAACCAUGUGAUGUAUAUUGUUGAAUUCCAGAGAGCGGCAUAUUACCAAAAGUGUUAUGACCCUGACUGCCAAGGUUACCGUUCUCCAUUGCGCGCUGUUCCCUGGGAUGUGAUUCCUGAACUCAGCUCAAUAUCUGAUUCAGCCCAAAGGGAAUAUCAGGGGGAAGUUGUAGCGAUCAAUAUUGAAGGCAGCAACAGGAAUGAAUACAUCUCCAAUGGUACUAAAUCAGUUUUUGGGAGUGGUGAGGAUGAUCCUAGCUGGUGGGAAGAAGCGGUGAAAUUUGCUGACAGCAUUGAGAACACCGAUCAUGCCGAUCAUGCUCCUGGCUCAUGUGACCAAGAGGAAAACGAUUCUGAUGACGCAGACUGGUGGAUGGAUGCGGAAAGGAUUAUGGUGCAGAUUGAGGAACAGAUAGGAUCACAGAGCAAUACAUAAGCUUCCCUCCAGGCACGCUGUCACAGACCACGUUCGGGCCAUGUUGUACAUAAUGGCAAUCAUGGUGUAUAUUAUAUUUGCAACUCUGAAAAUCCUUUGCCUGAUAUCCUCAAGCAGUGGAGGGCAACAGCUUUCAGAGAUGCUGUUCUGAUAGCGGGUUGGUGUGGUCUUGCACCGGGAACUGCUGAAUCUGUAUUUACUAGUGGCCACUGUAUUCCAUUAUACUGGGCACAUGUCCAAAAUCCUCGGCGACGCGUGCAAGGCAUGGAUCUGUUUUUUUUUAAAUAUAUUUAUACGGCAUU